CUUUGUCCCUCCCUGGCUCCUUACUCCCCAGUGGGGUGGACACUCUGUAUGGACACUUUCAGCUUGGAAAUACUGGACUGUCCAUCUUCCCCUAGCUGCCUCCUGCUUCAGAAGAUGUCCUAGCCACCUGCCUCACUGGAUGGGUUAGGUGUCCCCCAGGGGUCUUCAUCUCCAGUACCCCAGCUGGCUCCCCUGUGCCUCUCCCCCUUGCUGAACACAUACACCCCGUUGUAAUAUCUGUUCACUCCCUCUCCCCUAACAGAUGCUAGCUCCUUGGGGGCCAAGGACUUGUCUCAUUUAUCUCUCUAUCUCCAGCACCUGCAUCCCCAGCACAGCAAUGCUUAUUGAUUGAAUUAAUUGUACUGUUUGGUGGGUGUUCAGGUCUAUUGCAAAAACUGUUUGGGGCCCCAGAGAUAGCUGGCUCAGGCCCAAGGAUGACAGAAGGAACCCAGUUAUGGAACCUCUCUGAUUAAUUAGCCACAGGGGACAUUCCAGUCAUGCCAACUGCUUUAUCACAUGAACUCAGAGAAGGGGUAGAAGCACCUCCCUCCACCCCACCUGCAGAGAAGGUGCCAGAGGCUUCUGAAAUUGCAUGAGCGCACCUCCAGUAUAAAUGGAAUUUCACAGGAUUAUUCGUACCCGUGUGUUUCUGCAUAUUAAUCUUUUGUGAACAUUUUGCCACCUCAACUGAUAUUGUCUUUGAAAUCUUAACACGGCAUGUCCCUGGGUAGUAGGACUCAAAAUGAGUUUUACUUUCUUUUUGGUAUUGUUUCAGCUUUCUACAUUGAGCCAGUAUCACUUUCAUACUAGGGAGAUAAAAAGCUACUUUUAUUUUAAAAUUAUUCAACAGGAUUUUUAAAAGACUGCCUAGGUUUCCAUUUUCGUCUUAUGAGGUCUCGGACAAAUCCAUUCCCCUAUUGGGACUCCUUUUCCCCAUCUGCAAAGGAGAAGGGGUUAGAAAGGGACUAGAAUUGGACUAGAUCAAUAUUUUCCACACUGAAUUUCAGCAGAGCUCCCAUGUCUCUCCCCUCUUCACCCAGAGCCCUGCGUUUUAUAUAGUGGAGUUACAAGGAAGAUUUUAUUUGCUGGUGUCCCGUGGAAAAAAAGUGAAAACCAGGGGACUAAAAAUUCUCUGAGAAAAUAAUUAAGUCCUGGAGAUGUAAUGUACCACCAUGGUGACUAGUUAAUAAUACUGUAUAUUUGAAAGUUGCUGAAAGUAGAUCUUCAAAGUUUUCAUCACAAGAAAGAAAAAUUGUAACUGUCUUGAUGGAUGUUAACUAGACUUCUUGUGGUGAUCAUUUUGCAAUAUAUACAUAUAUCGAAUCAUGUUGUACACCUGAAACUAAUAUGUUAUUUGUCAAUUAUAUCUCAAUUAAAAAAAAACAACUUUCUGAGGACACUUCUAGCUCUGGCGUUUGAGGAUUCUAAUAUUUGGCCAUUGUCUUUGAAGGCAAAGGCUUCCACCAGCUGACCCCAGGAUCUCAGCCAGGAUCUCCUCAGCUGGAUGAGCACUGACUGUUUCUAGAGCUGCUUCUGCUGGCUGAGGUCUUACGUUGUGACAAGAGGGAAACUUCUGUUCCUUGAGAGGGUGAACUGAUUGAUCUCUCUGGCUUUAACCUUGCCAAACAUAGUCAUUAAGCCUGGUACAGGCAUUUAGAAUCACCAUUCAGUUCCCAUCUUGUUCUCCUUUCUUGGUCAUUGAGAGGCAGCAUAGAUGGAUAGGGCUUUGGAUCUAACUAGGCUCGAGUUUGAAUCCCAGUUCUGCCAACUUGUUAGCUUUGUGACCUUCAGCAAAUUACUUAACUUUUCAGAGCCUGGUUCCCCGUUUUCCUUCCUGUAAGCUGGAUCUAAUUGGCCCUGUCACACAGAAGACUGGUGAAAUGAGAUAAUAUACGAAAAGCCCUUGAUGCCACCCUGAACACAGGGUGGACCAGCUGCUUUUCGAGAAGAGCCUUCAGACGGAUGCUGUGCACGCAUUGCUUCUACCUUCAUUCUUUCUAUAAGACUGUGCGUUCAUCAAGGGCAGAGACGUUAACCUUUGUCCAUAAUGUUGGGCACACAAUUGGGCUCAGCAAAUGUUUAGUGAAUUUCAAGCCAACAGGUGGGCGGUACAGACUGAAGACAGCUGUCCCUGGGCCCUUUCAUGAUAAACACUGCUGGAGCAGAACAGCUGGGGCCCAGGGGGUAAGAAGAGGUAGUCAUUCCUCAGUCUAGUGCUUCUCCCGUUGGCUUUGGAGGGCACAGGGGAGUCAUCUCAGCAUGACCUGAGAGCACUGUGACCCAAUUGGCCCAGUGAGGAUGGGCAACUCCCCACCAACACCUUACUUCUACCUGGAACAGGGCCAGCUCAACUAUAGCUGUACUGCUGACCCACUGUGGGACCCUGGGCAAGUCCCUGCCUUGUCUGGCCUCAUUUGGCCCUGAUGGCCCCUAAUGGCCCUUCCAGCACUUAAGUCCAGUGACCUCAUUUUCCUGGGCCUUUACAAGAGGUUGCUGGAGAGCAUUAGGGAACACAGUUUCCACUGCCCUAAGCCCCCUGUGAUGCAGUCCCUUCUCUUUCAGAUGCAUUUCAUCUUCUCAGAUGAGGUAGUGCUUCUCUUUGAUUUCUGGAGUGUCCACAGUCCUGCAGGCAUGGCCCUUUCGGUGUUGGUCGUCUUGCUCCUGGCUGUGUUGUAUGAAGGCAUCAAGGUUGGCAAAGCCAGGCUGCUCCACCAGGCCCUGACAAGCCUGUCCAUCUCCACCAGCCAGCAGCUCAUUGAAGAGACAGACCAGAAUUCUACAAGCUCAGACUCCCCCAACGUCAGCAGAACCCGCCUCAGGUGGUUCUUGUGUCACUUCGGCCAGUCUCUACUUCAUGUCGCUCAGGUGGUCAUCGGCUACUUCAUGAUGCUGGCUGUUAUGUCCUACAACACCUGGAUUUUCUUCGGCGUGGUCCUGGGCUCAGGUGUGGGCUACUACCUAGCCUAUCCACUUCUCAGCAUGACUUAGCUGGUGACAGCGUGCAGGCUCUGGGAGCUGGAGAGAGCUGGGGCCCCUCCUUCCAGACAUUGAACUUCCAGCCCCACAUCUCCUUUUUCUUCUGUUGGCUGUUCUCACGGCAUCCCCAGCUCCUGGAAACUUUCAGCUGAAGCCAGCACUUGCUCCCUGGAGUUGAGGCCACUGUAGCUCCUCAGCCAGGCUGCAGAGGGCCCAAACAUAGUGUUUCUGUGCCUUAAGAAGGGUGCUGUGACCAGAGGGUGAACGGAGAGACCAGAACCCGGGGGGCAGGUUUCAUGAUGAUGGCAGCAUCUGCAGGACCUGUUUCCCUUUCUUGGGGGGAGAGUGACAGCAGACUAAAGGCAGAAAAGCAGGACCGUCAGCAAGGCUUUCACCUAUCCUCCAAAUAGAGUGAGCUCCUCCCAUCAGAUAGCACUGCCUGCAGGAAGAUGAUACUUCAAUGGCUUUAGGUGUCAGGGAGCUCUUCAUGGCCUUAAUUCCCCCCUUAUCCUGAUCCUCCUUCUAUGCAAAACCAAGAACUGCACUGAAUAAUAUUCAAUACAAAUGUUCUUUAUUUAUUACUUACUGCUCACCCAUAAUGAUCUGGUAGGGAAACAUGAUUCAUCCAUUUAAAAUACUGAGUAAGCCACAGGGGGUACUGACUGAAGAUGCAAUAAAGCAGUCAAACCAAAGCAUUGCACUAGUAGAGUUAGGUGGGGCUCUUCAGAUACGUGAACCUUUUCACUUUCAAGAAAAGGAAAGAACAGACCCAGGGAGAGAAAAUCACUGCUGUAUACUGUAACGUCUACAUUCAGGUACCUCGUGGGCUAGAAGAAAGAUCGUCUGAAGCUUUGAGAAUUUAAAAAGAAAUAUAUUUUAAUAAAUAUAUAUUUUUAAAUAGUCUGUGACUGUUUU